AGUCGUCAGAGUUCCUAAGCUGCGCUCAGUUUCUUUUUCUCUCGCAUUAUUUUGGGAAUUUGUAAAAUUAUCGUAAAUGAUUGAUAAAAUAUGAGUAUAAAAUCUCUUUACCGUUCCAUACAUUUUCGCGCUAUUGAGAAUUAAUCGAGAAGUGAAUAUAUUUGUUAUACAUAUUGACGUAUCUAUUUAAUCGACGAAAAGUUAUCACGAAAUUAUAAUAAUAUGUUUUCCAUGCCAUAUCGCAAAAUUGUGCUGUAUAUUAUCCUGAUAGCGAAAUGUUCCGCCGCUUUUGAGAAGCAUUGGCUUCCGGAUUUGGAAUGGCAAACCGCAAACAAUUGGGUGGACGGUCGCAUUCCAGAAAUCGACAGCCGUGUAAUUUUCCCUCAACAGACCCGACAUGCUGUGGGUAUCGCCAGCGCCGACAAUUUAAGGCUAUCCGGAAUCGAUUUGCCCAGUCAAGGAUUUUUGGUCCUGCCUAGAAACGGUAAAUUACAGUUGAGCAAUUCAAGAGCGGACGCAAAGGUCAGUAAAUGGUCGAAGGAAGGUAAUUUCUUCUGGGCGGAUCCGGCAAAUUGGAACGGUAGUUCGAUAGCGGCUCCGCAUCUCGAACGCGUUCCUUGUCGCCAGGACAACAUCGUCCUGCCGAGUGUGAAUCGUACUCUGAGCAUCCUUUUACCUGUAAGAGAGGUACAAGUGAGUUCGAUUCGACUAUCGAACGAGAAGCAAGCAUUCCUGGAAGAGGAAUGGAUAGAAUUUCAAGAUCGUAGAGAGUUCUCCAGAGGUAGAUUUACUGUCAAAUACACCGAGCUGAAUCUGUUGUAUCUGGCUGUGCGAGAUUGCCCGCGAUGUUUCUGUCAGAGAAACUCUCUGGACGAUUAUCUCGAAGAGAUCUGCGCCAUUCAGAGACCAAGAUGCGGAUUCACGGAUUGCGAAUAUCCUCUUACAGUGGAAGGUCACUGUUGUCCUUAUUGUGGCGGACGCGUUUUCACAUCGGAGCAGAUUUCCUUAGUGAUGGUACAAACCGCAGCAGACGAAGCUUUAGAGGGAUACAUGGGGAAGAUUGCGUGGCAUACCAGACGAAGUUGGAAUGGAGGCGUUGAGGUCCUUGUAAAGGGGAAAGGAGAUUAUUCCGGAAUCGUGAUACAGGAAGCAGUGGAAAACCUGAGGGAGAUGUUGCAAGCGACGGGAAUACAUGUGACAAAUGCGGAGACAGCUGGAGCAGCUAUGACAGAUUCUCGAUUAGCUGUUACACUCGGACCUCUUCUUGGGACGCCCCUUGUUUUGAUCGCCCUUCUUCUGUUGGCCUUUCUGUACUUUGGUUAUUCCCUGGAACACGUUCUCUCGGGAUGUAUGGAAGCCGUCUCAUCCGUCCGUGAUGGAAUUCGGGCGGACAAGCAGAAGCACGGCUUCGCCCGUUUCGAGAACAUUCCCGAAGGCAACGUCCGGAUUGCCGACCUUUCUGAGACGAGUGGACGAGAGGCUGAUGAUGACGAUGUCGUCAAGGGGAUAACACAAGUCGAAGGUGGUAGGUUCGAAAAUCCUCUGUACAGAUCUAAGAGGGAUAAGACGGAGGGAUGUAAGAUUCUCGAUGCGUCCCUCAGCCUCGCCACUCUUAAAAGUCAGAUAGACGAUCAGCUGGAAAAUAAGGAGAUGGAUACCGAGGAAUAAGAAUAUCGCUGUUAUUCAAUUACGUUAUGUUAUACUAAUUAAGUUUUGUGUUUCUAAUUGUGGAAAUAAUUAAGAUUAUUGAAUAAUAAUUACAAAUUUUUAAAACUUUA